ACAAGACAUGUGAAGGUGUAAAAGAGAGCGCGUCCCACACGCAGAGCUGACAGCCGCCCGCAAAUGAGGAGAUUCUGACAGGAUUCCCCGACACAUAUAGAGAUGUUCGUCAAUUAAUCUUAGCGCUCGGGCACAGACGUGUCGCUAAUCAGGGAUCAGUUUAGUCACAAGCCGCACAUGGAAUGACAACGCCAUAAACAGAACGUCCCGCAGAUUUCCCCCACUGACAAGCGGCAUUAGCCAGUCCGCAGCACUAGGACGUUCCCAUGCUGAUUUGACCCAGCCCAUUCCGCGCCUACUCCAGGCUCCAUCUCUUCUGUGCAGCCGCCUGUCCCUGUAGGACUGCACAUGCCUCUCACUGCAGGGAGGGGCACCGGUAACCCCGGCUGGAACUGCGGAGAGGCGCAGAGGAGACUGAGGAAGUACUGGCAGGAGGAGAGCCCGGAGAAUCCCAGAAUGUGCCAGGCUGCUGCAGUGCUGCUGGAGAUGCUACAGGAAGCGGUGAUCCUUGUCCCUCUCGUCGGGUGAGGCUCUAGUGCAGGUGACAUCUGUCUGCUGGCCGCAUCCCCCUGGCUCACUGCUGCAUUGCUGCUCACUGCUGAAUCUUCAUUUACAACGUACAUAAAAUGGAUUAAUUUGUCUGGAAGAGCCGUCUCCCUUGCCUGAUAUACAAGAGGUUUUUGCUAUGAUCUUUUUGGCACCUUAAAAUUAUUGCUAAUCAAUUCAAAAAUGAGUUUGGAAGAAAAGGGCAUAUCACCGGCUCACAAAACAUCCACUCCUACGCACAAAAGUGCCUCAUCGUCAUCUUCGUCCCAGAGGGACAGUAGACAGGAAGCUGACAGUUGGGAAAUCAUAGAGGGACUGAAGAUUGGACAGUCAAGUGUCCAAAAACCAGAGAAACAUGAAGGGUUUAUGUUGAAGAAAAGAAAGUGGCCUUUAAAAGGCUGGCACAAGAGAUUUUUUGUCCUGGAUAAUGGUAUAUUGAAGUAUUCCAAAUCACCAAUCGAUACACAGAAGGGUAAGUUACAUGGAAGUAUAGAUGUUGGCCUGUCUGUGAUGUCAAUCAAGAAGAAGGCUCGGAGAAUAGAUUUGGACACAGAGGAGAAUAUUUAUCAUCUUAAAGUAAAAUCUCAGGAUACUUUUGAUUCUUGGGUAUCAAAAUUACGCCAUCACAGACUUUACCGUCAGAAUGAAAUAGUGAGGUCACCUAGAGAUGCCAGUCUACAUAUGUUUCCAUCAACAUCGACUACGGAGUCCUCACCAGCAGCAAAUGUCACAGUACCUGAGGGAAAGGCACCACAGAAUAACUUUUUGUGGCAAUCCCCCAUCCCAUCCAGUAACAGCCUACCCGCAACAUGUACAACAGGUCAGAGCAAGGUUGCCGCAUGGUUACUGGAUUCAGAAGAGAUGGAUAAAUGUGCAGAGGACCUGGCCCAAUGCCAGUCCAGCUUAAUAGAACUCAGCAAACUUCUCCACAAUCUGGAAUUGCUGCAGAGAACUCAAUCAGCACCAAAUUUUAUUGACAUGCAGGCUAACUGUGUAGAUAUAUCAAAGAAAGACAAGCGAGCAACGAGGAGAUGGAGAACAAAAAGUGUCAGCAAAGAUGCAAAAAUACAACUUCAGGUUCCUCACAGUGCUUCAAUGACUCCUGUACGCCUGCAUGCCUCCAACCCAAACCUCUACGCAGAUAUAGAGUUCCAAAAUCCUCCAAGUCAUGUAGUUGAUGCCCUGGAAUUUGCAUCUGAUUACACAAAACUGCAGGAAGAAUUUUGCCUAAUUGCUCAAAAAGUCCAUUCUCUUUUAAAAUCUGCCUAUAACACUAUUGCCAUCGAGAAGGAGAAGAUGAAGCAGAUGGUUUCCGAUCAGGAUUACAGUGGCCAGAACACACAGAUUGCUCGCCUCAGACAGUCACUCUCUCAGGCACUGAAUCACAAUUCUGAACUGAGGAGCAGACUGAAUAGAAUACAUACAGAGUCAGUUAUAUCUGAUCAAGUUGUUAGUGUCAACAUUAUUGCGAGUCCAGAUGAGUCUUGUGAACAAAUGCACGUUAGUCUGCCCUUAUCACAGCAGGUGUCCAAUGAAGGCAGAUUGUCUAUGUCCGAAUCUGUGUCUGAAUUCUUUGAUGCUCAAGAAGUGCUUCUGUCAGCAAGCUCUUCAGAAAAUGAGGCCUCAGAUGAUGAAUCGUACAUCAGCGAUGUCAGUGACAAUAUCUCAGAAGACAACACUAGUGUUGCAGACAACGUGUCUCGUCAAAUUCUGAAUGGAGAGCUAUUAGGUGGAGCCUUUAGGACAGGCCGGCGAACUUGCCUCCCUGCUCCAUCGCCAGAUACCAGCAAUAUCAACUUGUGGAAUAUCUUGAGAAAUAACAUUGGCAAAGACUUGUCCAAGGUUUCCAUGCCAGUGGAAUUAAAUGAGCCCCUCAAUACUUUACAACACCUGUGUGAAGAACUUGAAUACAGCGAGCUGUUAGAUAAAGCUGCUGAAACGGAUGAUCCUCAUGAACGUAUGGCCCUAGUUGCUGCAUUUGCGGUCUCAGGAUACGCUUCCACUUACUAUCGAGCAGGAAGCAAACCGUUUAACCCUGUGCUCGGAGAGACCUAUGAAUGUAUAAGAGAAGACAAAGGAUUUCGGUUUUUUUCAGAGCAGGUUAGUCAUCACCCCCCAAUUUCAGCCUGUCAUUGUGAAUCGAAGAAUUUUGUCUUCUGGCAAGAUAUCAGAUGGAAAAAUAAAUUUUGGGGGAAAUCAAUGGAAAUAUUGCCUUUUGGAACAGUGAAUGUUAAAUUACCAAAGUACGGAGAUUGUUACGUCUGGAACAAAGUCACCACAUGCAUACACAACAUCCUCAGUGGGAGGAGAUGGAUAGAGCAUUACGGUGAAAUCACCAUCCGGAACUCAAAGAACUGUGUUUCAACGUGUAAAAUGACAUUUAUCAAGGGAAGCUACUGGAACGCCAGCGCUAAUGAAAUCCAUGGUGUUGUGAUGGAUCAGGAAGGAAAAGUGGUUCAUCGGCUCUUUGGAAAGUGGCAUGAAGGCCUGUAUUGUGGGGAUGCACCUGCAGCAAAAUGCAUAUGGAGGCCAGGUUCCAUGCCCAUCAACUAUGAGCUCUAUUACGGUUUCUCGAGAUUCGCCAUAGAGUUGAAUGAGCUGGAUCCCGUGCUGAAAGACUUCCUUCCAUGGACUGAUGCAAGAUUCAGGCCAGAUCAAAGGUUAUUAGAAGAAGGGAAUGUAGAAGCAGCAGCUAUGGAAAAGCAAAGAAUUGAGGAACUCCAGAGAAGUCGAAGAAAGUGCAUGGAAGAAGACCAUGUAGAAUACACGCCAAAAUAUUUCCGGAAGGUUAUCGAUAACCAUCAGAAAGAGAUGUGGAUUUCCAGUGACACUUACUGGGAAUUAAGGAAAGACCCUGGCUUUAGUAAAGUGGAUUUACCCGUGCUUUGGUGAUGUUGGAAUGUGAAGUUCAAAUAUCACUCUCUAAAAAAAUCAAUAUCUAUGCACAAGUCGAUUUCAUAUUUGCAACUAAAAUGUCUUCUUUCUUCUGUUUCUAUUUGUUUGGAUGCACAAACAUGCCAUUUGCUUUCAUAUUCAUUUAAAGCAAAAAAAAAAAAAAAGGACUUUUGCUAAUGUAUUAUGUUAAAUCCUAUAUGAAGAACAUUUGCUGCAUUUGUACAGACCUUCAGAGUAAGUGUGUGUACUGAUAUCAGUAUGCCUAUACUGCUGCUGAAUGUAAUCCAAAGUCAUAUAAUGGAGUAACCAAUGCUAACAAUGUUUAUUAAGGAUGUGAAGAUAGAAAAAAAAAUACAUUCAUUACUAGUGUUUGCACAAAUAUUUUUUUAUCUAUAUAUACAAGAUGAACUCCCACAAGAGGCUGGAUACUUUACUGGUGCCCAAUGUUGUCACCUGUGCCCAAAUUGCUUUCCCAAUGAGCCUCUUUCGAGUACAGUUCUGCUGAAUGCCUCAUAGAUUAAACCAGUGAUCCUCAACCAGUGGUUCUUGAGCAACAUGUUCCUCACCAGCCUCUUGGAUGUUGCUCCCAGCGGCCUCAAAGCAGGUGCUUAUUUUUGAAUUCCUGGUUUGGAGGCAAGUUUUGGUUGCAUAAAAAUCAGGUUUAUGGUUAUACAGAGCCCCCUGAGUGCUGUGAAUUCAUGUAGACCAACUGAAUUGCCAACCAUAUACUUUAUUUGGCCCCCCCCAGGAACUUUUUCAUACUUGUGUUGCUCCCCAACUCUUUUUACAAUUGAAUGUUGCAUUUAUAUCAUGGGUAUAAAUGUUGGGGAUCCCUGGGUUAAACUAAGAGGAUAUGAACAUUUUUAUAGAAAAAUAAAGCCAUUACUUUUCUAUGAAUGGGUUAAAAGAAAGGGAUAUUCUUAACAGAGUGAAGAGAGAGAGAGUAAAAUCUACGUGGAUUGCUUCUAGUCUACACAGCAUUUUGUAGGUGCUUUAAAUUGGCUUUAGACAUAUUUUAUAAGAAAUAGGCAUGUUAUGUUAGUAUAUAUCCCAAGCACUAUAAUGUAGUGGUUCCCAUAAUGUGUAGCUGCCACCCCUGGGGUAAAGCAGAGCAGAGAGCAGGCCCAGCCUACAAGGCAAUCGGAAUACAAUUUAAGAUAAAUGCAUAUUUACUGACCUAACCUUGACAUAGGCUAAUGGGUCCUCCCUCCAAAUACUGUAUCCAAAAGGAGGGCUUCAACCCAAAAAUUCUAAAAACAUAUUCUUUAAUAUAUGUGUACGUGUGUUUAUGAAAGACCUUUUCUAUAUGUAUAUAAAAAUAGGUGGCACAUUGGUGAGCAUUACUGCCUUAAUGCCUUGGGUUUUAUUCUGACCAGGGCACUAUUUAUGUGGUGACUGUAUUUUCUACCAAUGUUUGCACGAGUUCCCCGCUCCCUAUAGUCCAAAAGUAUUCUGGUGCUUUAAUUGGCUUUUAAUGAAACCAACCAUAGGGUGUGCAUGUGGCAGGGAAAUAUAAUAAGUUUCACUAAACAGAGACUGAUGGUAGUGAAAACAUCUUCUGUGUUAAUCACUGCAUAAUAUGUUAGUGCUAAGAAUUAGAAACUGGCAUUCAUCUUUUAUCAGACGUAUCCUUAGCUCUCUACCAUUUAGGAAAUAUAUUAACAUAAACACAACAAACGAGGGACUAUACAGCCUUUGUUGAACACUCAGACGCUAUACAAUGGUUGACAGAAUAAUGUGAUAUAAAUUGGGUAGAUUAGAAACUGUGUGCAAAAAUGCAUGGCCUGCUACAUUAAUAAAUGAAUAAAUAAAUAAAUAAAAAUU